AUGAAUUCGAAAAACUCGAUAAUUAAGAAAUAUACUUCAGUUGAGGAUUAUAUCAACCAUUGUUUUAAUGAUUUCAAGCUAAAGAAUCCUAAGCUUACAAAAAGAUAAAUAAAUAUCUAACUACAAGAUAAUUGGAAAAAGGAACAAAAGAAGCAUUUAUCGAAACAUCCUAAGAAAGAGGAAUCUAUUCUCAUCCAACAUGAUGAAAAUGAAGAAAUCUAUAUACCUAUUGAUGUCAUCAAUAAUGAAAAACAAGUUUACAUAUUCAUAUGAUUUUUAGAUUAAACCAAAGAAAAAUAAAAAAACCUCAAAAAAAUAUAAAAAAAAAUCAUAAAAUUUGUCUAAAUCAAUCAUCGUCAAAAAACAAACUGAUUCAUCUUAAUAAUCAUAUGACAUACAUUCAUUAGAAGAUCGAAUGUCUAACAUCUAAAUUGAUGUUAGAGAAUCAUCUAAAACAAAGCCUUCAAAAAGUUAGAGAAAUCAAUAAUAAUUAAAUACAACAAAUGAAUUGAUUAAAACAAACCAAUGCAAAGCAAAAUAGAAAAAGUAAAAAAAAGUGGCUUUUAAAUAAGAAGAAAAAAUAUAGAAAAACUUAAUUAGUAGGAAUGCUGCAGAUGAAAAACCAGUUCCAAUUCAAGAUUUUAUAAACUCUGCUAAUUUUAUUGAUCAUAUCAGUAUCAUAAAAAUAUAAACAAACAAGACAAACCAAGGAUAGAUUGAGGUAGAUAAAAUUAAGUCUAUUUACUCUCAUACGUAUGGUUUGGUUAAUCAUUAUAAAGACACAUCAAACCUAAAUUUAUAAUUAUUCUUUCAAGUAGAAUUUCAUCCAAGACCAGAUGGAACAUGCCCUGAUGAUACAUUUUGUACUGCAAAACAAGCAGCAUUAUAUAAUAAAGAUUUGGUUUUAGAUUAUUUGAAUAAACAUAAAAAUAUUUUUACAUAAGAUUGUGAGUAUUAUAUUAAUUGA